CCAGGCGGCGGCGGCGGCGGCGGCAGUUGGCCCGUGGGGGUUGGGAGGAGCACGACCCAGGCUGCUGGGGCAGCUGGAACUGGCAGUUGCCAGGAGCCCAGCGGAGGAUCUGGAGCUGGGAUCGCGCCCUAGGCCGGGAGGAGGAGGCGACUGCAACUGGAGUCCCCGCAGCGCUGGCGACGGUGGCGUCCCAGUGAAGCAAGUGUCUGAGGCUGUGAGUCCGCGGCAGCCACCGCGGCGAUUGGGGCUGAGAUACUGAAUCAACACUUGGAAUCUGGAGAAGCAUUUUGUACAAAUUGAAAAACUGGGCUUUCUUUUUAGUUUUCCAGAUGUAUUAUCUCAUCUGCAUACUUGAAACAUCAACAAUCACAUAAACUCGGGUUGUAACCAUGGAGUUAUGUGACCCAUCAAGAUACAGGAAAAGUAUUACUGAGCUUUGGUACCAGGCAAUUUUCUACCAGUUCAACAAUUAAACUAAUAAUACAUUCUCUGCUGAUCAUCAAGAAUAAAGAGUCAAAUAAAGUCAUGCACAUUCUACUGACAAAGGGACUCUGCGGCUGUUGAAUUUUACUAUAACUAGUUACUCUGUCAUUCAAAUGCAAGUUACGUCCUAAUGGAUGUAAAGACCUGUGUUGAUGUAUCCCGGAUUCUAGCAAAUGUUGAAGAUAACAAGCCUAUCAUGACUAAUCCUUGGGAAGAGAAAGUCUGCAAAAUGGCUCAAACAAGUUUACUGCAGGGGAAGCAGUUUUACUGUAGGGAGUGGGUUUUCCACAAGCUUCAGCAUUGCCUCCAGGAGAAAACUAACUGCUGCAAUAGUGCUGUCAGCACACCACCCCUUUUAAUGAACUCUGGGAAUAAUGCUAGUGUUGUCUCUGGUAAAGGAGCUGCCUGGGGUGUGUUGUUGGUAGGAGGGCCUGGCAGUGGCAAGACAGCCCUGUGUACAGAGCUCUUGUGGCCAAGUUCACCUACAAGCUUGCAGAGAGGUUUACAUCGCCAGGCUCUGGCCUUUCAUUUCUGCAAAGCCCAGGACUCUGAUACUUUGUGUGUUGGAGGGUUUAUCAGAGGUCUCGUUGCCCAGAUAUGCCACAGUGGACUACUCCAAGGAUAUGAGGACAAGCUAAGGGAUCCAGCAAUCCAAAGCCUCUUACAGCCUGGGGAAUGUGAGAGGAACCCAGCUGAAGCGUUUAAAAGGUGUGUCCUGCUGCCUCUUUUGGGAAUGAAGCCUCCCCAGCAAAGCCUGUACCUGCUUGUGGACUCGGUUGAUGAAGGCUGCAGCAUCACAGACGGUGAACAGACAUCCACCAGCUUAUCUGGGACUGUGGCAGAGCUGUUAGCUGGUCACCAUGAGUUCUUUCCCCCGUGGCUACUGCUUCUCUGUUCUGCCCGAAAACAGAGCAAGGCUGUUACUAAAAUGUUUACCGGUUUUCGAAAAAUAAGUUUAGAUGACCUUCGGAAAGCAUAUAUUGUUAAGGAUGUUCAGCAGUACAUUCUUCAUCGUUUAGAUCAAGAAGAAGCUUUGCGACAACACCUCACAAAAGAAACUGCAGAGAUGUUAAAUCAACUGCACAUUAAAAGCAGUGGGUGCUUUCUUUAUCUAGAACGCGUUCUAGAUGGAGUUGUAGAAAAUUUUAUUAUGUUAAGAGAGAUUCGUGACAUCCCAGGAACUCUCAAUGGUCUAUACCUCUGGCUGUGUCAAAGACUUUUUGUGAGAAAACAGUUUGCAAAGGUUCAGCCCAUUUUGAAUGUGAUUCUAGCAGCCUGCCGACCUUUGACCAUAACGGAAUUAUAUCAUGCAGUAUGGACUAAAAAUAUGUCAUUAACCUUGGAAGACUUCCAACGCAAGCUAGACGUCCUUUCCAAACUUCUUGUUGAUGGACUGGGAAAUACUAAGAUAUUGUUUCACUACAGUUUUGCAGAGUGGCUUCUGGACGUGAAACACUGCACCCAGAAGUAUCUGUGUAAUGCAGCAGAAGGACACAGAAUGUUGGCUAUGAGUUAUACCUGUCAAGCCAAGAAUCUAACACCAUUGGAAGCCCAAGAAUUUGCAUUGCACUUAAUUAAUUCAAACUUACAGUUGGAGACAGCUGAGUUAGCUCUGUGGAUGAUAUGGAAUGGGACACCUGUUAGAGAUUCCCUGUCGACUUUAAUUCCCAAGGAACAAGAAGUGCUCCAGCUGUUGGUUAAAGCCGGUGCGCACGUCAACAGUGAAGACGACCGCACAUCGUGCAUAGUCCGUCAGGCCUUAGAAAGAGAGGAUUCCAUCCGGACCUUAUUAGAUAACGGCGCGUCAGUCAAUCAGUGUGAUUCCAACGGGAGAACACUACUGGCUAAUGCUGCAUACAGUGGCAAUCUUGAUGUGGUGAAUUUACUUGUCUCCAGGGGAGCAGAUUUAGAGAUCGAGGACGCGCAUGGACACACACCGCUUACCUUGGCUGCUAGACAAGGCCAUACCAAGGUGGUUAAUUGUUUGAUUGGCUGUGGAGCAAACAUUAAUCAUACUGAUCAAGAUGGCUGGACGGCGCUAAGGUCCGCCGCCUGGGGCGGUCACACCGAGGUGGUUUCUGCGCUCCUGUACGCUGGUGUGAAAGUGGACUGUGCAGACGCUGACAGCCGAACAGCUCUGCGAGCGGCGGCCUGGGGAGGACACGAGGACAUUGUACUGAAUCUGCUACAACACGGCGCUGAAGUCAACAAAGCCGAUAAUGAAGGUAGGACUGCCUUGAUAGCAGCUGCAUACAUGGGACACAGAGAGAUUGUGGAACACCUACUGGACCACGGGGCGGAAGUGAAUCACGAGGAUGCUGAUGGCAGGACUGCGCUCUCUGUCGCUGCACUUUGUGUGCCCGCAAGCAAAGGGCACGCGUCAGUCGUUAGCCUCUUAAUCGACCGAGGUGCUGAAGUCGAUCAUUGUGAUAAAGAUGGCAUGACCCCACUGCUGGUAGCUGCCUACGAAGGCCACGUCGAUGUGGUUGACUUGCUUCUAGAGGGGGGAGCAGAUGUAGACCACACAGAUAACAAUGGCCGGACACCCCUCUUGGCAGCAGCUUCUAUGGGCCAUGCUUCCGUGGUUAACACGCUUUUGUUUUGGGGUGCAGCCGUGGAUAGCAUCGACAGUGAAGGCAGGACGGUGCUCAGCAUAGCCUCAGCCCAGGGCAAUGUUGAGGUCGUACGUACUCUGCUAGAUCGCGGGUUAGACGAAAACCACAGAGAUGAUGCCGGAUGGACACCUUUGCACAUGGCAGCUUUUGAAGGUCACCGGUUAAUAUGUGAAGCACUUAUUGAACAAGGCGCUAGAACAAAUGAGAUUGAUAACGAUGGACGAAUACCUUUCAUAUUAGCUUCACAAGAGGGUCAUUAUGAUUGUGUUCAGACAUUACUGGAAAAUAAGUCCAACAUUGAUCAAAGGGGUUACGAUGGUAGAAACGCACUGCGGGUCGCUGCACUAGAAGGACACAGGGACAUUGUGGAACUGCUGUUCAGCCACGGGGCUGACGUUAACUACAAAGAUGCCGAUGGGAGGCCUACACUUUACAUCUUGGCCUUGGAAAACCAGCUUGCAAUGGCUGAGUAUUUUUUAGAAAACGGUGCCAAUGUAGAAGCAAGUGAUGCCGAAGGAAGGACAGCACUUCAUGUUUCCUGCUGGCAAGGCCAUCUGGAGAUGGUGCAGGUUCUGACAACCUACCAUGCUGACAUCAAUGCUGCAGACAAUGAAAAGCGAUCUGCUCUGCAGUCUGCAGCCUGGCAGGGCCACGUCAAAGUGGUUCAGCUUCUGAUUGAGCAUGGUGCCGUCGUCGACCACACCUGUAAUCAAGGUGCGACUGCUCUCUGCAUCGCAGCCCAGGAAGGGCACAUCGAUGUUGUGCAGGUUUUACUGGAGCACGGUGCUGAUCCGAACCACGCAGAUCAAUUUGGACGCACUGCUAUGCGUGUUGCAGCCAAAAACGGACACUCUCAAAUAAUUAAAUUAUUAGAAAAAUACGGUGCAUCCAGUCUGAAUGGCUGCUCCCCCUCUCCUGUUCACACAAUGGAGCAAAAACCUCUACAGUCAGCGUCUUCAAAAAUGCAGUCACUAACAGUGAAGUCCAACAGCUCAGGCAGUACCGGGGGAGGGGACACACAGCCUUCACUGCGUGGUUUCCCCAACGGGCCAGCGCAUGCGUUCAGUUCUCCUUCCGAAUCUCCAGACUCGACAGUUGAUCGUCAGAAGUCAUCACUGUCAAAUAAUUCCCUGAAAAGCUCAAAAAAUUCAUCUUUGAGAACUACUUCAUCUACAGCAACGGCUCAAACGGUGCCCAUCGAUAGCUUUCAUAACUUGUCAUUUACAGAACAAAUCCAGCAGCAUUCCUUGCCACGCAGUAGAAGCCGACAGUCAAUUGUUUCCCCGUCUUCCACAACACAGUCCUUGGGACAGAGCCAUAAUUCACCGAGCAGUGAAUUUGAGUGGAGUCAAGUAAAGCCCAGUUUGAAGUCAACUAAAACAAAUAAAGGGGGGAAGUCAGAAAAUUCCAGCAAAUCUGGGUCAGCUGGGAAAAAAGCUAAACAAAAUAAUUCCUCACAGCCAAAGGUUUUAGAAUAUGAAAUGACUCAGUUUGAUACAAGAGGGCCUGCAGCCAAAUCUGGGACUAGUGCGCCACCUAAACAAACGCCAGCAGAAUCUCAGUGCAAAAUUAUGAUACCUUCAACUCAGCAAGAAAUUGGUCGGUCUCAGCAACAGUUCCUGAUUCACCAACAAAGUGGAGAACAGAAGAAGAGAAAUGGAAUAAUGACAAAUCCAAACUACCAUCUUCAGAGCAACCAGGUUUUUCUGGGUAGGGUUUCAGUCCCACGAACAAUACAAGAUAGAGGGCAUCAGGAAGUGUUGGAAGGAUACCCUUCCUCAGAGACGGAAUUAAGCCUUAAACAAGCCCUGAAGCUUCAGAUGGAGGGUGCUGACCCGAGCUUCAACUAUAAAAAGGAAACACCAUUGUAAAAGUUUCCUAUUCUGUGAAACAGAAGACAUUGUGAUUGGAGUGGUUCUUCACCUACUGGAUGAAAACAUUAAAUGCCUGUUGAUUGCUGAAAAAAAAAAAGAAGAAUGUGAUAUCUGCAGUACAGUUACCUUAAUUACUGUAAUGUGCCUGAAUAGUAAGGCUGCCUUCUCAGUGUAACCCUGUGUGCUUAAAUUUUUUUCAUUUUGUGUGCUUUGUAUUCACUACACAAGAAUAAGCACUUUUUUAAAAAAAUGCAGAUGUAUACUGCAGUUCCCUGAUAAAAGCUGAAAAAAAUUUUAGUAAAGUAUUUUAAGUUAAGAUUUGAUAAAUGUGCAUGUGCCAUGAUCAAAUAUAUAUGAAAAGGCAGUGUUCCUUGUAUUUAUUUUUUUCUUUUUGUGGCAAAUGAAACUUAAGUCUACUGUUUCAGUCACAUUUACAUUGCUGUAGUGUAUGGCUUGUUUCUUGUAUCUUUAAAAAUGUCUCUCAAUAAAAUAAAUCAUGUAACUAUUUAUAUUCAUUACACCUUCAGCAUUGGUUAAAAAUGAGUUUCUAUUUAAUGCCACAUUGAGGUGAAAAAAUGGUUUCGUGACAGAUUAAAAAAAAAUAAUUUCUAGUAUUUUAGGGAGCUGCUCUAAGUAGUUUAAAUUGGGGUUUCCCAGUAGAAUCCUUCCAAUCUCUGGCUAAAAGUGUCAAAAAAAAAAAAAAAAGACUGUGAUAGAACAGAGUUCUGUUUAAUUCACUGGGGUGCAAUUUCACCUUCCACUCACUUGUCAUUCCACCUCCAUGGAGACAGACAGACUAUCAUUCCUGAGGUGUGACAAUUCUCAGGGACAAAGCCAUGUCCUCAGUGGCAUGUGUAUGUAGAGGGAGCUACACCUGUCUGUCUGAAGGUAGAUUUUUGAUCCCUGAACAAUUCACUGACUACCCUUAUCUCUCCAUCCAGUUAAACAAAAUACAAUUUACUAGCGUUAAGUUUUAAUGCUGGCUUCUUUCUGCCAGUGCUUUCCAUUUUGUAAAUCACGGCCUGAGGAAAAUAGCCCCCACUCAAAAUCAGUUGGUUCAAUUUCAGUGGCCAGUUGGAUGAAUAUUCUCGAAUGUAAUAUGUGCUGUCCUUGACAGAUGACACCACUGUCAGGCACAGCACAUGUGGAUCUUUUAUUGGUAUUUGAUAACAAUAAUUUUUCUGGCCACGUACUCUUUCCUGUAUUCUUCUUUGGACAAUGACUUGCAGGGUGACUGGACGCCAUGGUUAAGGGUGAAGUCUGUGACCAAGGACAAGAGAGUCGACUGGCUCAAAUGAGCACAUGGCCCAAGACUUGGCCUCGUGGAUGGACUCUAGCCAGGGGAGCCAGCUUAGGUAGGUGUGCGUAUGUCUGCAAAGGUUAAAGUACACUUAGAAGCCAAGGUUGUGGGUUUAAUCUUUGAGUAAGCCCCAAGAAUCUUAAAAACCACAGAAAUUCUCUUCUUUCCAUGGACUGUUGAGGAGGAGGAAUGAGGAAAGAGAAUUUGGAGAUUCAGCACAAGAUCAUUGCUACUACUGGAAAAGAACCGUUAGGGAACGUCUUAGUAACCAAGGUCAGUAGCGUCAUCUUCAUAUAUGAAGGACACAUGUGAUGCAUUCUUCACAGACAUGGAAACGUGUCAUUGGUUGUGAUAAGUGUUCCACUUGAAUCUUUGUGUAAGGCUUUUGUUUUUCUUAAAGUCAGCAGAACUCAUUUUGUUUAUGUCAUCAAUAGAUCAUCAUCAGGAAUAGAAGAUAAGUUCAUUCGAUAGGUGACAUGGCAAUAUUGAUAACUCGAAUGUGAAUGUUUCAAGUAUUGAAUUUUUGUCCCUAUGGGACAUUUAAUAAAUACACUUAAUAGGACUCUUGCAAAGUAGCCUUAAAAGUGUUAAUGAUUCUAUUAAUAAAUAUGAACACAUACUAUUAUUAGAACCAAUCUUACACAUAUCUCAAGUACAGUACAUUUACAUUACUGUAGAAGAUAAAGCUCUAAUUUCUUAUUAGGUGUAUUUUUUUUUUUUUUUAAGAAAGAACCCUGGAAGCUGCCAGUUUUUCUAUUAACCUUGAAUUAUUGGAAUUGUAUUUAUUUAAUUUUAUUGUUUUUUUUGUUUUGUUUUGUUUUUACAAAAAUGCACCUUGUGGCCAAAGGGCAAAGAUGUGACGCAUUACAGAAGGGAUUUAUGUUUUUCAAAGAGCUAAAUGUUUGCAUAUCCAUAUUGUAUACGCUUGAAACAGUUGGUAGGAAGAGAUAAAUAUGAUUUUCAAAAGUAAGUGUUCCUCUUGAUGUUUGUAUGUUAUGUUUUGGCAUAGGACAAAAAUGCCUUUUAGUUAGGCUAAGGACGGUAGGGUGUUGAGGUGACCGGCUUUGCCAAUUUCUUUCUGUGGGGGAUUUAGUAUAAUGACUGAAAAGGGCUUUUGCCCCAUUAAGAAUAGUAAAAAUAUGCCCCCAAAUAUAAAACUCCUAAAUAGCUAUUUUAAAAAUUAAAAUGUUUAAAUUUUGUAAAUCACCUGAUGCCACUACACACCUAUGAUGCCAUGUGCUUAUGACAUUUUGAUAAUAUUCCAUCUGUGUCCACCAUCCCUUUCUAAAAGUCACAAGUUGAUACUAAGGGAAGUGACAAAAAAAUGCAGCAAUGAAAAAUAAAAACCUGAAUGCUUGUAGGAAAGGUUUUGGAAGGUAAAACUGACCAGAACUCGGUGCGUACUGCAAAGUAUGGGUGGUAUCUUUUGUCCCUCACCCUCACCUCCACCCCUACUGGAAUCCCCACCAAAAAGCGUUCACUCCUUCAAACACAGGAGUAAAUACUUUUUCUCAAUAUUGUCUAGCUAUGCAACUAUUUGUUCUGCUCACUGUCCUCCAUUUACACGUCGCAGCAAAUGUAGUUACACACAAAUGCUUUCUUUUUAUUCUUCCAUUUGUUUGGGGUAUAUGUAAAUAGCCUAAAAUGUACAUUGAACUUCACAUUGUAAAAGUUUUAUUUUAUUCCUUGUAUUAUAUUAAGCAAAAAUCCCUAUGUAUAUGAAAGUGCAUAAUAAAUAUAUUUGCUUUACAGAGGAUAUCUUGUUUUAACUUUA